CCAUGUCCGUCUCUCCGUUUCACGCAAACUACUACCUCAGUUUUAAACCUAUCUGCAUGAACGUGCCGUAUCGGACGACUAUAUCAUAUACAUACAUUAAAAAAGAUAUCAUAUUUCCGAAGGAUGCAUACCGUGAGUGGCAAGAACCUAAGCAUCGAAGAGGUAGAGGAUGUGCAAAAAUGGCUGCUUCAGAAUAGUAUCAGUACACACAGGUUGCGUCGCGAAUUUUCCGAUGUUUUGCCACUCGCCGAGGUACUCAAGCGCGACUAUCCACGUCUGAUCGACCUGCAUAACUACCCGAAAAAGAGUAGCGUGCAGCUUAAAUUGGCCAAUUGGGAGACGUUUAACUUCAAGGUGCUAUCAAAGUUUAACAUGACGCUGAGCAGGGAUUUCAUGGACCAACUGGCCAACGGCGUUAACGGUGCCGCUGAGGUAUUGUUGCACGAAGUGAUUCGAUUGGAGAAGCGGCAGCGCGUGGCAGAGGAACGCAAUGCUUCUCUGCGGCAGGAACAAGCUUGGGAGGAAAACGACGAGGUGAAGACUGUUGUGGUAAACAAGCAGGUGGGAGAUGGCAUCGUUCAAGUUCCACAAAAAAUGAUUCUUUACUCGCUUUACGAAAAAAUGACACGUGACAGCCAGGCCAAGGACAUUAUUAUUGAAGCAUACCAACAGAGACUGGCUCACAUGGAGAAUAUAGUACAAAUAAAAACAGAGCGAAUUGACGAGCUUCUGAUGCAGAUGGGGAAAAUACCUCAAAAGGGAGCUGCUGGCGAGGCAUCCAGUUGCUAUCUCGCAUUUGAGGCAAAGGACACUGCACGCAAGCGUCCAAGUCUUGCUCCAAUUUCAUCGGCCGACCCGGACAGUACCACCUAAAUACGCAUGUAUUUAUUUUAAAAAUGUUGCGGUUUUAUCACUAUGUAGUUAAAAACAUCUUCAGAUAAAGGAACCAAAUUAUCGAUAACUUAUAGAAUGUUUUACAAAACAGAUUCAGUAUGUGCAAUCAGGGGCAAUAUAUUUAGUAAUUGGCAAUCGAUAAACGCUGUUGAUAUUUAAAUGUAUGGUUAUUUUAAUAAAAACUUGUGCCUAAUAAAAUAAUUUUCCUGAU